CUCUCUCUCUCUCAGGCUGGCUGAGUUGAUGACUAUUUCCUCCCAGUCAACCUUCUCUCCUUCUCUCUGAUUUUCCUCUCUUUUAAUUUAUUUAUUUAUUUUUGCAAUUUCUGUUGCUGUUGUUCUCUUCUUCUUCCUCCUCCUCUUCUUUGUUCCUACAUCUCAACUUUCAUCUCUGCAAUUCCAGCUCUUUAUACCAUGACACUGCACCAACCACUUUCUCCAAUCAACUUUUCCUCAACCUUUUUUCUUUAACUCUCAAACUUUAGUAUAAACUGAAAAGUAGGGUUUCAGAAUAGUAUCUCUGCCACUUCCACCAAUUUUGAUUUACACAGGAAACAUAUAUGAUGGCUUCAAGCUGGGAUGGAAGCAAUGACCCUGGCAGCCAGUCAGAUGAUAGCUUUCAUUUCGAUAGGUUGCACAUUGAGCCCAUUUAUGAUGCUUUCGUGUGUCCUCUGACAAAGCAAGUUAUGCGGGACCCUGUAACGUUAGAAAAUGGACAGACUUUUGAACGUGAAGCAAUUGAAAAGUGGUUCAAGGAAUGCAAGGAAAGUGGACGGCAACUUGUUUGUCCGUUGACUCUGCAGGAGUUAAAGAGUGCAGAACUGAAUCCAAGUAUGGCUCUGCGAAACACCAUUGAAGAGUGGACGGCCAGGAAUGAAGCUGCACAGCUGGAUAUGGCUCGCCGCUCGUUGAAUAUGGGAAGUCCAGAAAGUGAUACGCUUCAGACUUUAAAGUAUAUCCAGCACAUAUGCCGAAGAAGCAGGUCAAAUAAGCAUAAUGUCCGCGGUGCAGGGCUCAUACCCAUGAUUGUUGACAUGUUGAAGAGCAGCAGCCGUAAGAUACGAUGUAGAGCUUUGGAAACUCUUAGAGUUGUGGUAGAGGAAGACGAUGAAAAUAAGGAAUUGUUGGCGGAAGGUGACACUGUGCGUACAGUUGUAAAAUUCCUGUCUCAUGAGCUUUCAAAAGAAAGAGAGGAAGCUGUCUCUUUGCUUUAUGAGCUCUCAAAAUCUGAAACCCUAUGUGAGAAGAUUGGUUCAAUUAAUGGAGCUAUUCUUAUAUUAGUUGGAAUGACAAGCAGCAAUUCAGAAGAUCUUUCUACUGUUGAGAAGGCUGAUAAAACAUUGGAGAAUCUGGAGAAGUGUGAGAAUAACGUACGGCAGAUGGCUGAAAAUGGUAGAUUGAAGCCUCUUCUGACCCAACUUCUUGAAGGUCCACCGGAAACAAAACUUUCAAUGGCUGGAUUCCUUGGUGAGCUGGUUUUAAACAAUGACGUCAAAGUCCAUGUUGCUAGAACUGCAGGUUCAUCUUUGAUCAAUAUAAUGAAAAGUGGUAAUAUGCAGUCAAGAGAAGCUGCACUGAAGGCACUAAAUCAGAUAUCGUGCGAGCCAAGUGCAAAGGUUCUUAUCGAAGCGGGAAUACUUUCUCCUCUUGUCAAUGACCUUUUUGCAGUGGGUCCAAAUCAGCUUCCAACACGAUUAAAAGAGGUUGCUGCUACAAUUCUUGCCAAUGUGGUGAACUCAGGGGAAGACUUUGACUCAAUUCCUUUCGGACCUGGUCACCAAACUCUGGUCUCAGAGGACAUAGUUCAUAAUCUACUUCAUCUCAUAAGCAAUACUGGUCCAGCAAUUGAGUGCAAACUUCUCCAAGUUCUUGUCGGACUCACUAAUUCUCCAACCACAGUUCUGAGUGUGGUUUCUGCUAUCAAAAGUUCUGGCGCCACUAUCAGUUUAGUUCAAUUCAUUGAGGCUCCACAGAAAGAUCUGCGUGUAGCUUCCAUAAGACUUCUUCGAAAUCUCUCACCCCACAUGGGUCAGGAACUAGCCGAUGCUCUACGUGGCUCAGUCGGACAGCUUAGUGGUCUAGUUAAAGUCAUAUCAGAGAGUACAGGAAUCACUGAAGAGCAGGCAGCAGCUGUUGGCCUUUUAGCGGAUCUUCCUGAGAGGGAUUUGGGACUCACAAGGCAGCUGCUAGAUGAAGGUGCAUUUCAGCUGGUCAUAUCUAGGGUGAUUGCCAUCAGGAAGGGUGAGAUCAGGAGCAGUCGCUUCAUGACACCAUUUCUUGAAGGGCUUGUGAAGAUCCUUGCAAGGGUUACAUAUGUCAUCGAUCAGGAGCCAGAAGCCCUUGCACUCUGUCGUGACCACAAUCUUGCUGCAUUGUUUAUUGAAAUGCUUCAAACUAACGGACUUGAUAAUGUACAGAUGGUUUCCGCCACAGCUUUAGAGAACCUGUCCCAAGAGUCAAAAAAUUUAACAAAGUUGCCUGAUUUGCCACCGCCAGGUGUUUGUGCUUCAAUCUUUACAUGCUGUUACACACAACCGGUCAUUACUGGACUGUGUAGAAUUCAUAGAGGAUUGUGCUCUUUAAAAGAAACAUUUUGCCUUUUUGAAGGGCAAGCAGUCCUUAAGUUGGUAGCUCUACUGGACCACACGAAUGUGAAUGUGGUUGAGGCAGCACUUGCAGCCUUAGCUACUCUUAUAGAUGAUGGAGUGGAUAUUGAACAAGGAGUACAGGUGUUGUUGGAUGCGGAGGGAGUGAGGCCUAUACUCGAUGUGUUACUCGAGAAACGGACAGAGAACUUGCGGAGGAGGGCAGUCUGGGCAGUGGAGAGAUUGUUGCGAACAGAGGAUAUAGCCUAUGAAGUUUCAGGCGAUCAAAAUGUGAGCACUGCACUUGUGGAUGCUUUCCAGCAUGGCGACUACCGAACAAGGCAGAUUGCGGAGCGUGCCCUCAAGCAUGUUGAUAAGAUACCAAACUUCUCCGGAAUCUUCCCAAACAUGGGAGGAGCGUAAGCCUGUUGUAGAUGCUUCAAUGUGAGGUUUACAAUUAUGAUUACAAAUAUUUGUAUGUAAUUUUCUGUUGUUCCAAGCAGUUUUGGAUUGUAUCUAUAUUUUUGUUUUAUUUUAUCUGCUAUGCAUUGAUUCAACUGCAGUUGGGAUUGUUGUAUACUAAUUAUCCAUUCUUUUAGGAGGUGUUAAUUUUUCCUUGCAA